CGUUCUGUUAAACGCUCGUCGCGCGCGCACAGGUGUCGUCGGUCGUCGGUCAGGUAGGUACGUUACGUUACGUGUUUUCGUCUCGCGAUUUUCUCGAUAAUAAUAAUAUAAACCGUUAAAAGUAUACCAACACGUUCGAGCCGGUUUUCGACUACGUUAUCAAAAGAAAAAAAAAGUGCGCGCGAUAAUAUUAUUGUAUGCUAUUGCAGUCGUCCGCCGCUCGUUAAAGUCGUUUUUCUUUCCGGUUCGUACUUUGGUUUAUUCGUGGUUUUUUUUGUGUUUUAAUUGUGUUAAGCACCGACUCAAUGAAGUUAUAAUAUUUUAUACAUCGGCAAAAUUAUCGUUAAAGUUCGUACAGUUCGUGGACGAAUCGCGGUGGGGAUCCGCGACUAACUACAAUAAUAAUAAUAAUAUAAAAAACGCCAACGAAAUGUGAUCGGACGCGGGCUCGUCGUUUCGCUUUUUUUCUCCGUACACACUUGCGCUGUAAUCAUAUUAUUAAUAUUAUUAUUAUAUUAUAUGGAUCGUUGCGAUGGCCUAUGUCGUUUGGCGAGUGUUGCGGAAAAAGUAUCUCAAAGUCAGAAGCGGAGUUACUCUGAACAGUUUGAUGACCACCGAGAGCACCGCCCGCACCGAAACGGAUUCACCAAGUCCUGCGGCCGCCACGUCGAUGAUGACCGCGACUGGCACUGCGGUCGGCCACUUUUACCGCCAGUUCUCGAAAAAGAACAACAAGAAGAACAGCAGCAAGAAGAACAGCAACAGCAGCAGCAGCAGCAACAACAACAACAACAUCAGCAGCAGCAGAAAAACACAUCGUCAGGACGUGUUGCUGGCCGAGGAGACGACCACGCCGUCUUCCACCGACUCCGCACCCACCACCGAUGUCACAAUCACCGGCGCCGUCACCGCGGCGGCGGUCGCCGCCUUCGAUACUACCGCUGUCCCCGGACCGAACCGGCCGGAACGCGUCUCGGACCAGCCGGCCACGGCCACCGCGGCGAGUAACCCGCGCCUCCGGCCGGCGCUCGCGGCCCAAGUCGUCGACGCGCCGCCGUGGCUGGUGGCCGACCACUUCGUCACCGAACACGUCGUUCACGAACACGUGUCCGUGGUUCCGGAACCAGAUCACGCGGACCCUGUGGCGCCGGACGAUCACGCCGCGUCGUUGCAGCCAGGCCCUGCGACCACGGUCUGCUGCAAAUGCCCGGCGGCCACCUCGUCGUGCGACCACGAAUUUAGACACAAACCUCUUACUGUUCAACAACUCGUCGACGAGUUUAUAGGGCCGUACUAUGUGAAUUACAGCGAAACACGUGCAGUUCUCGUGAGACAAGCAAAACAAUUGCUGACAAACGUAUACCAAGGUGAUGUCGCCAACUUUCAUGGGUGUUUUUGUGUGCCAGUCAGUGAGAUUCUCAAAAAAGUUGAAGAGACGUUCAGAAAAUAUCAGAUUUAUGAUGUUCGUGCACGCAUUGCACUUUCAGUGGGUGCUCCAUUUGUUAUUGUUAUUUCUAGUACUAUAAGAGCAAUGUAG